AUGUUAACCGACAACGAUUAUUUAAAUGGUAAAGAUGUCCGUGAGGGGGAAGUUAACGUUGAAGCGGACGUUCACUUAAGACAUGAAUUGGUGACAGACGAUGAUUCAAGUUUUGAGAUAACCCCUCCAACAUGCACCUGGAAAGAAAGCUUGGUUCUCGUCUACCCGGAUAAUGGCAUUAACGACGGCUUCAUAGCUGAUGAAAAUGCUAUUUGUAUCGCUCUAUCACUAAUCGGUAAAAAAGAUGUCAACAGCAAAUAUUACAACAUGCAGCUAAACUCUUCGUUUGGUCAUUCGACACUUCGUAAAAUCAGUAGAUAG